UCAGUUAUUUAUGUUGGGCAUGUAAAGUGACUCAUCCAAACUAAAUAUAUUCAGCUUGCAUUUUACAGUGUCAAAAGAGAAAUAAGUUAUAUGCAUAACACAGAAGUUAAAGAGUUUUGAGACUUUUUUCUUUUAAGUAAUCAACCCAAUGGUGUGUAGAGCACUAGGUAGUGAUGCUGCCUUCUGCUGGAGCCGCACAGCUCCACCGGCCCGUGCAGAGAUGGCGAGGAAACCCCGUGGACACGGCACUGCUUUUUCAUGACGGUGUAAUGGAUGAUGAAGACGACCGCCGUCUUCUGGAUUUUAUAGGAGAUGUGCAAGCAUUGAAUGAGUAUCUUCAUGGAUCAAAUAGUAAAUCUAUUGGAGAAGAUGACGUGACAAAUGCAGCUUUUGGGUCUGCCAGCUCGUUCUUUACCAGUGACACUGGUGGCUCUAACGAAGGGCUCAAAGAUGGCCACAAUCAUUUGGGAGAAUUCGGGGAGGCUGGUGAAGCUGAGUUUCAGCUCUCAAGCAGCCUUCCGUUCAUCGAGGAUGAGCUUGAAGAUGAAAAUUCACCAGGUGGGGUUGAUCUUGAGGGUGAGGACCAACCCUUUGACAUCCUCCAGAAGUCAUUGCUGGAAGCAGAUAUCACAGAGCAGACAUUGGCUCAAGAAGCCCUUUUGGACUCCCAACCAUCUCUCAUUCCCACAGCUACCACCUUCCCUCAGCAGCUGGUCUCUGGAGGGUUUGGAGGUCCUGGCAUGGUGGCACAACCUCAGGGUUUUAUCCAGCAGGUUCCUCAGCUACCCUUGCCAAAUGGCCCCACAGGACGCGUCCAGGUAUUGGGACCCUUUAAUGGCAGUGCCUCCUCUAUGAUGACUAUCAACAGUUUGGAACAACCUCAGUUCCUUUUGAAGCCAAGUGGAAAUGUAGUGACCAACAGCAGUGGGCAGGGUGCCAUGUUUGCCCCUUCCACGGCUGAUCAGGUGUCAAUGUCCUCCAAUAAAGGGACAGUUCCAGUUCAGAAUAUUAUCAUUCAGAGAGGCACUGCACAACAGACAUUGGUUAGACCCAUUCAGCCUAAACCCUUACAGACAGGUGGACAAAAUGUUUACAAUAUCAGCAACAUUGGGCUUCAAUCCAGCAGCACUACUUCUGCUAAUUUAGUCAGUAGCUCCUACACAGCCAGUGGCUCUCCUCAACAGGUGAAAAUGGUUAACCAAGCCAGCAGCAUUGUAAUGCAUUCACCUCUGGGGCAACAAGCACAGCCCCAACCCCAGUCCAGUCUGCCUCAGGGGCAGUUCUUUAUACCCAGCUCUAUUUCUCUCACUCCUGGAACCACUGUUCAUGGCUUCCAGGCUGUGAAUGGGCAGGUUAUUCAAGCAAACACUCAAGUGUGCAACACGUCCUCAAUGAGCACUACCACCUACUCGAUCUUGACCAAUCAGAACACAACAGUACAGCUUAUCCCUGGGCAGAACUUUUCAACUGGAGGGCAGUUGAUAAUGAAUCAAGGUUUGGUCAGUGGAGGUCAGAUAGGCCAAGCUUCACCAAAACCUGUUGUGUCACAGAGACCUGGAGCCACGGCCAAGGUCUGGACCGCCAGUGCAUCGCCUAGCCCGACCCCUGUACAUAUGUCACAGACUUCAGGCCACCUUACCAUGGUCAGGUCUGGUAUCCAAGGCCCACAGGUUUGUCAGCAAUUAUCGGUCAGCCCAGGACAGCACCUGCUCAUGCCUAUAGCUCAGAACACUCCAGCUUCAUCUGGAGUUCAGGAGUUUCAGCAGGACACCACGGCAGCAACACAAAGAGGGCAGGCACAAUUAGUUCAUCUCCUUGGUACCAAAGCUGUGAAAAUGCUAACUCCUGCCAAUCAGGAAUCGGCACUCACACCGAAGCGACCUGCAACUCAACAGCUAACUAAAGGAGGAAUGGUCCUCCAGCAGCUAAGAAGAGAUCAUAGUGGAGUCAUGUCUCCAGAGUGGACACCCUUCACCUCGUUAGAUGAUGUCAUUGACAGAUUGCUGCCCUAUCAUGUUUUCCAAGGCUCAUCACCACAAGAAUUCACCAAAGUUGAUGAAGAGUUUGAGGCAGUUGCCACACAAGUGUUAAAAAGAACACAGGCCAUGGUGAACAAAUACAGACGCUUAUUAAUGGUGGAAGCAGAGAGGUCCAGCCCUUCAUCAGAAAUGGUGAUGAUUGACAGGACGUUUAACCAGGAGGAGCGGAACAACUUGACCCAAGACAAACGAACGGUAUUAGUGGAUCCAGAUGGCUUUCUGGAAGAAUUCUGCUGCAGCCCUAAGAAGAUGAUCCCAAGCCCUGAAGUCACGGUCGCGGCCAGCCAUGAGGGCAUUGCCAGCAUAAUGGGGACACCACAAAGGCAUUCCAUGAGUCAGAUUGGUAGAGACGGACAGGGAAUGAACAGCCACACAGAACCUGCUUACAGGACAGACUCACAUCUAGAAAGCGGAAUGGAGGAACACAGAAGAACUCCUCUCAAGUGCAUCCUGGACAUGAAAAAAAUGAAGUGCAACAACUUCAGCAGCAGUCAACAUGCCAAGCACCCUACAUCUCCCAGCCAAUCACAGCAUAGCUCUGCCCAGAGCUACCCAUCAAGCCUGGGGCAGAGUCAGGAACAGCAACUUUCCGAUCAUAGUCACGCCUCAUUGGCUGACACAGACUCUGUGCUUGAGGCUGCCGUGAAUAGCAUCUUAGAAUGUUAGACAGUGCCACAUUUAUGUUUUCUAGUCCCAUUUCAUUUCAUGCCAUGUCUGUGCAAUUGGGAUUCCAUGACGUACAUUGGCAUUAUAGCAGUUCAAAAGUGCACACAUCGGCUCCGAAGUGUUGAGGAAGAGGAUGGUGAGACUAAAGAUGAUUGAUACUCUAAUAUUGUGCCUGUUGUUCUAGAGAAGUUUACAUGAGAAAACCUUUUACGACAGUUCUUCAUAGGAUAUUCUUGCACACACACAUCAAUAUAUGCAUAGAUACACAAUCAAGCAGUAAGUUAAUGGUGUGAUGGUUUGGAAUGUCACAAGUAGACAUUGUUAUUUGUAGCUUAUCUGUUAAUAUCAAACAGACCUACAGUUAGUUUGAUAGUCUUCGCAGUAAAGGUUGUAUGGUUGUCCCUCCACUUGUGAUACAUUAUUGCAGUAAAUGCAAACACACCACACAUUUGUUUUUGAGCAGUGGUUAUGCUCAUGUUUUUAAACUUUUGUUUUGCAUUUAGUUUUGUACCUUACAGGUAUGUGACCUCUCCACAAAGAUACAACUUGCAUGGUUUUGUGCAGGUGGAAAGUUAAGUCCUCAGAUUGAGGGUACAUUGUUACAUUAUGUUUAUCUUUUUGUUUGUUUAAUUAUUUUUUUUAAUGAUGCUUUACAUAUAUAUAUAUAUAUAUAUAUAUAUAUAUAUAUAUAUAUAUAUAUAUAUAUAUUUUACACAUUUAAUCUGCGCUGCUGGAGAAAAUAUGUACUUUUGUGCACCUUAAGUUAGUGUCAGAUAACUCGUGUGGGUGAAUCUCAUGAAAACUUUUUCAGGUUACAUUUCAAAUCAAAUUCAAAAAUGAUAUUUUAUAUUAUAUUACUUUUGAAUUUUUUUUCUGGCAUUCCCAUUGUUCUCUAUACUGAUUCUCAUCAGAUUAUUGUUACUGUAUCACAGUAAAAAUGUAAAUUACCUUGGAUUAAAUGGUAGCACAACAAAUACUACCACCAUGUAUAAAUACUUUACAAUUUAAAAAAUGUAUCUUUUUUUAAGCAUUACAGAAUGAGAAUUGGUGGGGGUGUGCUUGAUUGUAAUAAAAAUGUCAUGCUGCGAAAAAGGUAAAAAAUAAAAAACAAACAGCCUAAUAAAAUCCUUAAAAUAGGCUUAUAAUUAAACAAUAAUGAAUUUUGAUUUUGGCUGAAAUAUGACCGGGAAGUGUCCUUGACAGGUUUUACGAGAUUCCCCCAUAUUUAGAUGUUCUUUGAAACUUUUCAUUUUCCCUUGUGCAUUGUGUCCCCUGCUGGUCAGGCUGUAGUCUUUUGCUGGCUUCUGACCCUAGUGGCAGCUUUUUUUUUUUUUUGCACAUGUGGACAUGACCAUGUACUUUCAAAAAUAGCCAU